AGCAGAGAGAUUUGUAACAGCACAAGGAAAUAGACAUAAACCUUGAAAGUAGGUUACUUGAUUAUUUCAGUGAAACACCUAAAAAUAAUUUCUACCUGUGCUUUUUUUCUUAAUUUGUGCACAUGUGCUUUUGUAUUCUGUGUUUGUCCAAACAAACUACAGCAAAUUUAAUAAGUAGUAGAGUAACAUUCACUGCGGUACAGUUUUAAAAUACUUGAGUCUUUACUCAACCUCAGCAGAUUAAAUAUUGAAUAGAUACGAGUACUUUAAUUCACAGCAUUAUGACAACUUUUCACCGAGAUACAAAUUUAGGGGUGCUUUUUAAAAAUAAUAAUAAUAAUAAUAAUUCUCCUACCUAUCUGGGAUUACUGAGACCUGAUAUGUAUUAAAACUAAGAAUAAUAUUUGCAUACAUUAAGAUAUUUUUUGUUUAAGUCUUUAACAGAAGUCUGUGCAUUUUCCUGGUAAUCCUGGCAAUCUUCUGCAUCAGUAAAAGUAACCCUGCUAAAAACAAAAAAAAAGUAAAUAAGAUUUUUAUUACAAUCCUGCUGAUUUUCCUUUAGGGAAAAAGAACAAAAUGUCUUCUACGGGUGUGAAUAUGUUUAUAUAACCCAUAUUUUCGGGGGAAAUGCUGAUUUCUACAUAGAUAUCAACACUUGGAUGCAUUAUUUUAUAUGGAGCUGAGGAUUUUUAAUGCUUUAACGGCAGAUCUGAGUGUUAGAUGAAUGCAGAAAAAAAGAAGGGUCCUGCAGUGCAUGUACAAGCAUAUUAUGGUUAGUUAUUAUAGCGAGAAUAUGUGGAGUAUGUCUCUAAAACAUGAGCCAUAGCUGCGGUUUUAUAUUGUGCCAUAUGUGGAGCUUUUAACUUUUUCACCUUGUCGAGAAGGGAAUCCAGCAGCAGUACCAGGAAACAGCCCGGUAAAGGUCACGCUGAUUAUUUAUUGGCGAUCCGCCAAGAGCGGGCGCGAGCCCGCGCGUGUGUUCUUUUGCGUGCGUGAGCGUGCGUUCGUGUGUUUACUGGAAGAACCUCUGAACGGAGGGGGGCGGAGCUUUACGAACAUCGGCUUUACUCACUGGAAACAACCUCCAGUAAACCUCCUCCCCUCCCCUCCUCCCCCAACACACACACACGGGGAGUUCUCCGGCAGAUACCGCUGCCGACACAUUCCUCUGCUCGGUAAGGAAACCCACACGCUCUUUUGGAUACUUUUUUAUGGAUUUUAAUGCCUGAGUUAAUAUUUUUUCAAGCACUACUUUCGGGUAGUUUGCGUAUCUUUUCUUUUGGCGACGAGCGGCUGCGGCGCUGGGCUGAGUGUAUCCACAAGGUAAGUUAAAACAUUUAAAAGCGGUUCGCUGGUCAUCGUCUUAAAGUAGGCAAAAUGACAGAAAACUGGGGUAUGGGGCACUUUAAAGCGCUGUGGUUUUAUUUAGCAGCUCGGGCUCUCGCUGAAGACGGUCCUAAAAGUGUUAAUGCUCGGGGGGUUCGCAGUAUCAUCAGUAGUGGACCGAGUUUAACGCCAGUGGCUCCGUAGCAGUUCUGAGUCGCUAUGGCGCCUGCACUGUCCGGUGAAGCCGACUUCCAAUUCCCGUAGAGCCUGCAGGGUAUCUCGGGAAACCAGAACCAGACGGGACACCUUUUCAGUCAUCGUGAAACUGGAGAACGGGGCCUCCGAGCAGGAAUACAGCUAUUUAGCAAAGAGAAAGGGAGGGGGUUAAUAAAAGGAAAAAAAUUGCGCUGGCUGGACUCUUUCACAGUGACCCCGAUUCAGAAAUCCCUUGUUGCGGUGCGCCCGAUCGAAGACAAUUGAAAGCAAUCAGGAUCCAGUUGCUGUCUGGCUGCACGGUGCAGCAGCACGAGUAAGCAGUGCAUUCAUUUAAACUAAAUAUAACCUGCCUGCUCGCUGCCCGCUCAUGCCAUAUGCAUUUGUUACAGUCGCCAUAACUGCAUUUUUAUGGGGGUAAACUGAGAGCUUCAGUGUGGCACAGUGGCCAUUUAUUUCUCACUGCCUAUGCAGGAGUGAAAUUCAAAUGAGGCUCUAUGGCUCUAUAUUUGCAAGCCAAGAUGAGGUUAUAUAUAGCUGGAAGUGCUUAAUCUUUGCUCACUGUCUCCCUCCAGCUGUGUAUAGGUGCUCUCUACCAGCCCCUCUCUGGAUGCAUCAGACUCCUCUUCCCCGGGGCCCUGGACCCGGUGUGUGACCCCGCCAUCCUCACCCCGCUCCCCCCCUCAUCUCCCCUCUCGCUCUGCUGCCGACUCUCUUCCACCUGUCCAAUCCCGCGCUCCUUUUCUGGGCCCCCUGCCUCUCGAUCAGCAGGGAGAGGCAGGGGGCCAUGGCAUGGCCAUGGUAACCUUUGCAGGACACAACCCCCUUGCCAUGAGCAGCGUCACCUCUCCAGAGGGCAGGGUUCAGGGGUCGAACUUUACCCCGCAUCAUUUCAAGCCCUUCAGCUCGCAUGAACACUACCAGCAGGUGAUGCGUGCACUGCAUAAGCUUCAGCAGAGUGGCUUUUACUGGGGAGCUGUCGGAGGCCGGGAAGCCAGCUCCCUGCUACGCUCUCAACCCCCUGGCACUUUCCUGGUCCGUGACUCCUCAGACCACCACCACUUCUUCACACUCUCUGUCCAAACAACUAAGGGAACCAAGAAUCUGCGAAUCCACAGUGAGGGAGGAGGCUUCUUCCUACAGCCAGACCCCCAAAAUACCCAGGAGCUCCCGCAAUUUGACUGUGUGCUGAAACUCAUAGCGCACUACAUGGGGAAGGGGCAAGAUACUGAAGGGACCAAGGAACGGGCGAGUGGGGACAAUCCAGGAGAGACAAAAACAAAGGCACACAAUGUUUAUCUAAUCCAUACCGGUGGGGAGAAAAUCCCACUGGAAUUGCGUCGACCCCUCUCGACUUGUCUCUCCAGCCUGCAGCACAUGUGCAGGAGGACGCUGAACAAUCAGGGCUUGGGGGCGUCUGAGCAGACUGAGCAGCUCCCGGACACACUUAGAGACUACCUGGAGGAGUAUGAUGCUCCUAUAUGACUGACAGGAACUGCGACAGGUUCUACUGCAUGGACCAAGUGCCAGGAUUACAGCACGGACCAGCUCUCGGUGAAUGCGAGAUUGUCUGUGUGGACAUAAACUGACCAGACUGAGCCUUAAGUGCUAACAUGAGGUCAGUUUUCCAGAAUCAGCUGAUCACUGAUCUACUCUGGGUCACCCGCUGACCUUCUGGGGAUGAGGAGUGUGAUUUGGGUAACCGACGAUUACCUCGUCCGUCCUGCCUUGCAAAAACACAAAAAAACAAAAACACUGACCACUCAAGUGAGUGGCAGAUGAAGCCUGAGGUCAAAGGUCAACGUUUCCUAUGACUGACUGAGACGCAGAGCAGUGCCUCGUAGAAGAUUAACCUGACUGGUCGAUAUUAACGAUGGCAGCGAAAGGCAUGAUCAAUGCACCACCAGUGAUAUUUUGGUGGGUUUAAUGUGCUUCAAAGCUGCUGCUGUCUGCGUGACAUUUACAACUGGACAGACAAACGGCAGUGGGUAGAGAGAGUGGAUGGAGUGGGGGGUGGGGGGUUUCAGAGAAAAGGCAAAGUCCAAACGAGGGGGGCCCUGUACAGAGAACGCACAGGAUUUGUUUGUCUGAGUGUGAGUGUGAGCGUGAGUGUGAGUGUGUUUGUGUUGUGGUGGUGCACACAUUUCCAUUGCUGCUUCCCGCAAGUGUUGCCUCAUAGAGGGGGAGUGGGACGGUCAUGCACUCUAGCUCCACAUAUGCAAACACACACCCACACCCUCAAACACACGCACAGGUAUAGACCACAUGAAGGUUUUAUUAGCAUGAGAGUUUUGGGGGGAUGGGGGAAGGUUAAAAAAAUAAUUACUAAGCAUUUUCUUCUCCUAUGUGUUCCUUGUUCCUGAUCCAUAACCAUUUGACUGCCCAGCCCCCCCUCCCCCUGCCUUUUUGUUUCAGAGAUGCAUGUAUGCUUUGACAGUGACAGAAAACAGGCCGCUCUUGCCGAGACAAAAGCUUUUUUACCGGGACAAAAGCCCUGGCAUGGGACCAAACAAAACAGCAGACCUUAUUUUUAUCCCGACUGGCUGGAAAAAUGUCAGCGACACUGUAAAGCUCCUUGGGGGAAUGAUGAUAAUGGUGAUGAUCCCAAAGAUGCGGAGAGGGCGAGGAUUUUAAAGCAGAGGGAGGAGUGGGAUUGGGAGAAGGAAACUGAAAAGGAGGGGUAGACUUGGGGGAGAAAGGUGGGAGGAGACAUACUGGUAUACAGCUAAACAAAAACUCCGAUAAGAGGAAAUGAUAGAGCACAACAGGACGCCGCUCCUGUAAAUAUAACUGCCCCGUGUGAGGGGGAAAAAGAUUUUAGCUGAGUCUUAUUUCUGUCUUAGAUUAUCAUCUCCGGCUCAUUUCUAUUUGUUAAAAUGCCCCAGUGUGUUUGAAUAUCUGUCUGCCUUCUCCUGUAACUUCAGAAAGGAUUUGUAUUUUUUACUUUUUUGUCUACUUUUCCAUCAUAACCUCUGGAGGAGGAGAAGUGAACAGUUGGACUUGUCUGAAUGUUAAGGAUACACUACACUUUUCCCUCAAGUGAUUCUUAAAAAAGAAUAGAAAACAGCCUUUUGUAAACCAGAAUUCAAAACUUAGAUUUGAUCAAAAAAAGAAAAAAAGGAAGUGCUUUUGCUGUUUGACCCGUACCUGUGAUCCAUAUUGGAGUGGCAGCCUUUUAUGUUUUUGUCUGUUUGAGCUCACAUGGCCACUCGAGGCGAGGGCGGCACACUUUUUUUUUUUGGUCAAAUCUGGGUCACAUCAACACCAACUCUUUUUUUUUUUUUUUUUAAACAUGUGUUGCACCGGUGGACCACGUGUAUGUGAAUCAUAUUGUCUUUUAUAAAGACUCUCUCGCAACAGGCUGGCCACUAGUCUGGCAAUACAAGCUGUAAUACCUGAAAUGACAAAGCAUUACAGAAAUAAAUGAAAAGGAACGUUGCACAUAUUUAUAUUUCUAAAAUAUUUCAAUAAUUUAUAUUAAAAAGCACUAUUUUUACAAAAGUCAA